AGAGAAAAACUUUAGCGAGAUACUAUGAAUCCAUGACUCAUCCAACUCAGCAAUCUGAGAGCGACUUUCUUUCGUUUCUCCUUCUCUAAUCUCUGCUGCCAACUUGUAAUUUUCCAUCAAUAAUCUCAUAGGAAUUGGGAAUUUCACAGAAACCCAAAAUGGGUAAAUGCCGUAUGUUCUUUUAAAUAAAACACAGAUACAGACAGACAGAGACGGAAGAUUGAAGAACGGGAACCACCGCCCCAAGAUUGGUACUUUCUUGUUCUUGAAUUCUUUCCAACUCUCUGGGUUUUCUGGAAGGUGGGCGGGUCGGGUCGAUUGAAGGGCACACGGUCUUUUCCCGGGUUCUUUGAAUCUGGUUCUUUGGUUUGAAUGGAUGUUUGCUUAGAAAGCUCUUGGAUUAGUCUUUAUCGGUGGGGAUAUUAGCAAGGGUUUGUCGGAGGUUUCGAAGUUUAGUGUUUUUUUUUUUUUUUUUCGUGCUUUUCAACUGAAGAAUGAGGAAAUGUUGGGAGUUAUUUAGGAAUUGAAUGGAAAAAUUGUAGCUUGGCUCUAUCUGUUUGUUUUGAUUCAUAAAGUCUUCGUCUUGUUGCGCCUGAGCCAGGGAAAACAUAUUGCCGUGUUUGGUAAAAAGGUAUGGCUUCUGAUCAGAGCUCAAGACCCAUUAAUUUGGUAGCGGCGGAUAUGGGUAAACAGGUUCAGGAAGAAUCGCACAUUACUCCGGUGGCCAUUUCUGGAAAUGGCAAUCCAGGGUUCAUCCCCACCAUUCAGUACUCAGCUACGCCAGAUGCGGAGUUUGUAGGGAUGGGAUUUAACAAUGGUGUGGCUAUGAUGGCCGGGAGGGUCCCACAGGUCAUGCUCUCAACGCAGAUGGGUGGUAUUGGAUUGGAUCAUGGGAGUAGUAGAUCACAGAGUGCAUCUGGGCAUGGUACUGAUGAAAGUGGGGAGGAUUCAGUAUCUUUGGGUAAGAAAGUGAAACUUUUGUGUAGUUUUGGGGGGAAAAUAUUGCCCAGGCCAAGUGAUGGGGCACUGAGAUAUGUUGGAGGGCAGACUAGGAUUAUUAGUGUUAGGAGGGAUGUAAGUUUUGCUGAAAUGAUUGGGAAAAUGAUGGAUACAUAUGGCCAAGAUGUGGUGAUUAAGUACCAGUUACCUGAUGAGGAUCUUGAUGCGCUUGUGUCUGUCUCUUGUCCCGACGAUCUUGAGAACAUGAUGGAUGAGUAUGAAAAGUUGGUUGAAAAAUCGGCUGAUGGUUCAGCAAAAUUGAGGGUGUUUUUGUUUUCACCGUCGGAAGUUGAAGCUGCUGGUGCGUUGCAGUAUGGCACUCUGCAGGAUAAUGGACAGAUGUAUGUUGAGGCAGUGAAUGGAAUCGCAGAGGGAGGUGGUGGUAGUGGUGGCGGUGCAAUGAGGUUUACGAGUACCGCUAGUGCUUCUUCCACCCAGAACUCAGAAGCCAGUGGUGCUGAUGCUGUUGAGUUAUCUGGCCUUGGUCAAGGGGUGAUCUCGAGACCACCUUCGAGUGAGACAUUAUCGUCUAGCGGAAUAUCUGCCCCUGCUGCUGCUCAAGGAGCAGCUGCUUCAAGGGUGGUGGAUCCAAAUCCUGCAGUUUAUGUCAAUACUAAUUCUACUGCUCCUCCUUUGGGCAUUCAUGUUGCUGUGUCUGGCCCUCCCUCGAAUCUAGCCGCUCCUUCUGAGCUUGAAUAUGAAAAAUCUGUGCCUAUUACUGUACAACAGCAGCAGCAGCAACAAAUGGGCUUUGAUUUGCAGCAACCAGGAGUGACUUUUCCGGUGCAUUCAACAUAUGUACCGGAUCCUCACCGGGAAGGCUAUGCACAAUUCCCUUCCCAGAUUGGUUUUCCUACACAGCUUAGGGGGAAUGUUGGGCCAGUGUAUACCCAACAGCCCUUCACUGCUGGUACUACACUUCAGCAAUUUGUUCCUGCUGUUCACAUGACGAUGUCGCCCUCUCAUGUCAGUAUGAAUCCUAAUAUGCUUACUCAUCUCGUUCAUCCACAACAAGUUAGAUUUGAACAAUAUCCUUCAGAAAACACGAUGGGGCAGAGGAUUGUACAGCUUCCUGGGGACCAAGGAUACGGGACAUAUCAGCCUCAGCUCCAACCUAAAAUAUUGGGGGGAGCAUAUGGUUGGCAUCAGAUUCCUCACCCUCAGCAGGUAGCAUUUUCUGAAGCGGGGAUGGCUCAACCACCUACGCCAAGUGGACAGGAGGCAAUCCCUAGAUUGGACGGUUGUUAUAUGUGUCAAAAAUCACUGCCUCAUGCUCAUUCAGAUUCAGUAGCACAAGAUCAAAGGGACAGCCCUGUGAGCACCACACCUGCCUAUAAAUCAGCUUAUGACGGCCCUUGGGUGGAUGAUAAGGGUAGGCAUAUGUGCAUGGCUGUCACAACUGGAGCUAUGCUGGAGGGUGCUUCUGAACACCAUGGAGCUGCUGUUGGACCAAGGAUCAUUGGUCAUAUGGAUCAUGAAGUUGGAAAAACCCAAGCUGAAGGGACUGGGGUCUCACAGAAUGUUCAGAAUCCAGAGCGUCCAAAAAUCUCUCUCCCUCAGGGUGCAGUAGGAUUAACAAGUGGCAUGCAAUCUCAUUAUGCACAGUUUAUACCCACUGUUCCUCAAUCAUGUCAAGUCGAUUCUCCUGAGCAGCAUCUGAUUCCAAUGCAGUACCAUGUUAAAGAAGAUGUUGGUGUUAACAAAGCAAUUCCACAUGAUAUUCCUAAUGUUGGGAUGCCUUUCCAGAUGCCAGAAUACCUUGUUCGUGAAUCACCAGAAGGCUAUCCUGGAAGCAUACCAGUUGUACUACCUAAAGAAGAUAAUAAAGAAUCUACAACUGCACUUGACCACCUGAAGCAAGUUGAGAGUAUAAUGGAAAAUCUUCAAAUACACACAGCUGAGACUCAUGCCAAUGGUAAGCAGAUUAAGUCAGGAGUUGAUAAUUAUAUGAAGGACAACAUCUUGGAAAACAGAAUUCAACAGGUUGGUUGGAAUCAGCCAUUUACUGAUGCAAAUCACAUCAAACUGAAUGAAAUGCUGCCCAGUUCAUCAACUGAAACUGUGUACUUGCAAACUUUUCGGGCCCCAGAACUCUGUGCAGUAUCACAGCCUUCUCCUUUGGAGAAACCAGAUUUUGAUGUGCAUUCAAGGCAAGGAAUUGGCCAAUUUGUCCCUGACGAGAUGUCCUUUGAUAACCCUGCUUUCUCCAGUGCUGAAUCAGCAAAUCCAACACUUAACAUUCCAGUCUCUGAGCUUCAACCAAAGCUUAUUCCCACUGGUAUUGAUCUUGUCUCCCCAGAUGGAAGUUCAACCUCUAUAUCUCCAUCUUCUAUGUAUGGAGCUGCACAGGAAACCUCACCUUCACUAUUUAGCAACCAGGAUCCUUGGAAUAUGCAGCGUGAUAGUCAUUUCCCUCCUCCUAAACCUAGCAAAGUUCGAGCAAAAAAGGAAACUAUGGGUGUCAAGGAUCAGUCUGGUGAUCAUUCCAGAAACAGUGGUGAGUUGACAAUAGGUGGCAAUGAGGCAUUAGGAACAAAGAUGCGGAUGGAUGAGGGAGUUAUUCGAUAUUCUACCAAUUCGAAGUUGGAUUUAGGUUCUGACCCUGCACUAUCCAACAAAAGCUCGGCAGAGGAAGUGAUCAAGCAAGAACUUCAGGCUGUUGCUGAGGACGUAGCUGCUUCUGUUCUUCAGUCAGCCGUGCCUUCUAAUCCCGACUUUCCCGUAUUUGGUGGGAGCAAGUAUGGAUCUAUAAGCGAGCAUAACAGCGAAGUUCAAAGUUCUGAUGGAGAAACCGUGGACAGAAAUAAAUUUGAGAAAGCAAAAACUAAGUUGCCAGAGAGGAGAGAUUUUGGUUUUCCUGUGUCAGAUGACCUUGGUCGGUUACAGAUUAUAAGAAACAGUGAUCUUGAAGAGUUCCGAGAGUUGGGUUCAGGUACUUUUGGCACAGUUUAUCAUGGAAAGUGGAGAGGAACUGAUGUUGCAAUCAAAAGGAUCAAUGAGAGAUGUUUUGCUGGAAAGCCAUCAGAAGAAAAACGUAUGAGGGAUGAUUUCUGGAACGAGGCAAUUAAACUUGCGGACUUGCACCAUCCAAAUGUUGUUGCAUUCUAUGGUGUGGUGCUUGAUGGGCCUAAUGGUUCUGUAGCAACUGUCACAGAGUUUAUGGUUAAUGGUUCUUUGAGGAAUGCUCUGCAGAAAAAUGAGAGGAGCCUUGAUAAGUGGAAGCGUCUUUUGAUAACAAUGGAUGUAGCAUUUGGAAUGGAGUACUUGCAUGGGAGGAAUAUAGUACAUUUUGACCUGAAAAGUGAUAAUCUAUUGGUUAAUCUCCGUGAUCCACACCGUCCAAUUUGCAAGGUUGGUGAUUUGGGACUCUCCAAGGUGAAAUGCCAGACGCUAAUCUCAGGUGGCGUGCGAGGAACUCUUCCUUGGAUGGCACCAGAGCUCCUUAAUGGCGGUAGUAACCUUGUCUCCGAGAAGGUUGACGUGUUCUCCUUUGGAAUAGUAAUGUGGGAACUUCUAACUGGAGAAGAACCAUAUGCAGACUUGCAUUACGGUGCCAUAAUUGGUGGUAUUGUUAGCAACACAUUGCGGCCACCCGUCCCAGAAUCAUGCGACCCUGAUUGGCGAUCACUUAUGGAAAGAUGCUGGUCAGCGGAACCAUCAGAGAGGCCGAACUUCACUGAGAUUGCAAAUGAAUUGCGGGCUAUAGCGUCUAAGCUUCGCUCGAGAGGACCAAGCCAGCAACCUCUCCCCACUGCACAUUCCCAAGCUAAGAGUUAAACAUUAUACUCAGCUAUUGUUUAGUCUUUUUGUUUGAUUUUUCUGUUAGUUUGAAAGCUGAAUAGAACAUUUAUUGAAUCUAAAAUAUGUAAUUGGGAUCCUGAUUUUUUUUUCUUAUAUAUAGUGUAAUGAGAAUUAGGAUGUUCUUUAAUCAACUUCCCAAUAUGUUGUGUA